GCGGAGGUGGUUGGGAUCGGAGUGAGAGCUGGAAGGGGAAGUGAUCGGGCAGACUGAUUGAUUGGGUAGGUGGCGGCUGGAUUUUUUUUUUUUUAAUUUCCACCCCCACCUCCACGAUUUGUAAUUUUCUACUCUCCCUGCUUUCCCCCCUCCUUCCUUUUUGUAAAAUCCGAAGAUCGUGAGCGGUCUCUUCAUCGCCUUGAUUUGCCCAGCAAAAGAGCGCUGCAUCGCCUCUUGUCUUGCCUUGUCACCCUGCGGGCGGGAGCUGUUUGGCUCCGGCGCCCAACGGCUCUUGCCGCCUGCUUCUCUCCCUCUUUGCACCAUGAAAGCGGUGAGUCCCGUACGACACCCCAGCAGGAAGGCACUAGCUAGCGGCUGCUGUUGUGGAGGCGGCGGCGGCGACGGAGGGGGCGGCGAUCUGGCUCUGCGUUGCCUGGCGGACCACGGCUGAUAAAAGGGGAGCCCCUCGUUGGGCGAGGAGCCCGCGACCCUGUGUCUUCAGUGCGACAUGAAUGACUGUUACAGCCGCCUCAGGAAGCUGGUGCCCACCAUUCCACCCAACAAGCGGGUCAGCAAAGUGGAGAUCCUGCAGCAUGUGAUCGACUACAUCCUCGAUCUGCAGCUGGCCUUGGAGACGCACCCGGCUCUGCUCCGGCCGCAGCCGCCGCCGCCGCCGCCGUUGCACCCGGCAAGUUACCCUGGAGGGCCUCCCCGGACCCCGCUCACGGCGCUCAACACCGACCCGGCGGGUGCUGUUAAUAAGCAAGGAGAUAGUAUUUUGUGCCGCUGAACUGCACUUCCAAGGUGUGCAGCAAGCAGAUCCUGAGCCACAGAAGCAGAAAGACACAUUAGAGAGGGAGGGGGAACACAGAGAGAGAGGAAAAAAAAUCAGCCACUAGGCUAAAGGAAAAAAAAACUCAACUACUCCAGAAUUCUAUCCAUACUUCCUUUAGAAAGAGAGAGAGAGAAAGAGAAAAAGAAUUUUUCACAGCUUUGUAUGUUCACAGCAUUUUUCACAUGACUCUUAACUCUCUCUCUUUUUUUUUUUUUUAGAUCAGAUGUGAAUUAUGUACAUGUUUGGGAGGGAGGGGAUUUAAAUCUUCAGUAUUGUGUGGUUUUCUGUUGGAUUGAAGAUCAAGGGCAAAAACUGGAGUUUAGAAAUAUAACUUUAAUGCGUUGAGCAGUCAAAAUCUGAAGCUUUACUAAUCUACCAGAGGAAUUGUAGAUAACUUUUGUUUUGACAUCUAUUGUUUAAAAUAGAUGAUUUUAUUGUUUCCUUGGGGAUUUUCUUCUCCCUACAGGAAUGUUACAUAUUGUAUAGAUUAAAAUGAGUGACAUUUCAUACUAUGUAUAUAGAGAGAGGCUCUAUAAGUGUAAGUGAGAAAAGUAUAUGCUUUAAUAGACCAACUGUAAUUAUGAAAUAUUUUUAAUUAAAUAUUUUUUGUAAAUAUUAUCAAGAUGUGUAUGUUUUUUUUUUAAAUAUGUGGGAACAUUUCUUUAGGAAAACAAUAUUUCUGGCUCAAGUGCAGAACUGCUGACAAUGACAAUAUAUUGGAUGUUGCCCACCCCCCACCCCCAUCCCUGUAGACUCUGAAGCUAUAGCUGUAGGUAGCUUGGUCCUGCAUGAAUGCAUGAGCUGUCUAACCACCAAUAAAAUGUGUUCUGAAUCCAUACAGAUGUGCUUUUCUUCAAUCCAAUUAAAAGGUGUUUGUGUCAUACAGUUUUGAGACUUACAUUUUGUCUGUUGGGCACUGGGGUUUAUAUUACAGUGUAUGCGAGAAGGUAUCGAGAUGUAAGAACUGUUUCUUACCCAAGAUGGCUCCUUUUUUUCAAUCUGGGUACAGUGCUGAGAUAUAAUCAGCGUUUAUUAAAUCUUUAGUUGUCACAAACAUUUUUGUAAUACCAAGAGGGGGGAUGUUACCCCAUAAUUUUAAGCCCUGUGGCAUAUUACUUUGAGAGAGGAUUUUGAAAAGUUUUUUGCUUCUGACCAAAGGGCGUACUAUCAACAAAUGUAAAGUUGCUGUUUCUUUCAUCCAAAGACUAGAAACUUGGAGAGUAGGAUGGGGUAAUAGGGAAAAUUUCAGUCUUAAUUACUGGUGGAAAUCAAUUUCAAAGAACUUGUGUAGACCAAAAAUACCACAACCAGAUGACUGUAUUGAAAUUAUUUUUUUAAUAUAUAGCAGCAUUAAUUUUAUUGCAGCUCUGUUAACAUCUGAAAUUCCUGUUUAGUGUCUGUUAUGUGUAACUUCUACAUGUAAACAUUAAACUAGAUUGAUGUGGC